UUUACAGAUGGCGAACGGGUCGUGCAAAUAACACAUCAUCGAUCCUCGAGUGCGUUUAUUAUUUGUUUAAAAGUGUUCGUUUCAUCGUUCAUCGCUGUUUACUUUUAACCGUUGGAUCAACCGCUUCGUCGAGCAUCGGGAAAACUGUGAUUAUCAUUGGUCUCUCUUACCUAUUAAUACAAAUUUAUUGGAAGAAGGAGUGUCUUGCAUUGAUAACGGGACCUUAUCGUUAGGGUACAGUCUAGUGACUUUUGUCCGAGCGGCAAGUUGGCAACGAUUACGAACUGACAAUGGAAGUUUGCAUCGAUUCUUUAGAAUCUGCGAGGAACGCGAUCGAGGGCGGCGCGACGAGGCUCGAGAUUUGUUCCGCCCUUUCGGAGGGUGGCCUGACACCUACCCCCGGACUGUUACAAAAGAUCAAGAGCUUCUCACCAUCGCCACUCUAUGCAAUGAUACGCGCCAGGUCCGGGGGUUUCGUGUACAGCAAGGAGGAGAUGGAGGUCAUGCUGCAGGAUCUGCGGAUUUUGAAAGAUUGCGGCGCCGAUGGUUUCGUGUUCGGCGCAUUGACGUCAGAGAACGAAAUCGAUGUCGAGUCUUGUAAGGACGUCCUGUCGGCCGCCAGACCGCUGCCCGUGACCUUUCACCGAGCCUUCGACGAGGUCAACGACCCCUUGAGAUCGUUGGAAGUCUUGAUUGAUCUCGGUUUCGAAAGGAUUCUGACCUCCGGCCAGAAGGACACCGCGGAGGAAGGAUUACAAUUGCUCCAAAAGCUCGUCCAAAAGGCUCGGAACAGAAUAAUCGUGAUGCCGGGCUCGGGCAUCAACAGAGAGAAUAUUUUGAGGAUAAAGAAAGAGUCCGGGGCGAAAGAAUUUCACGCGUCUGCCGGAAUAAAGGCUCGCGGCAUGAGCAGAGUAAAAAUUGGCAAAAAGGAUUGCAUGCCUAUGGUGACCGACGGGAAACUGGUGCAAGAAAUGAUACAAAUUAUAACGAACGUGGAAUGAUCGCGGUGAUAGUGUACGCGCGCGCUUUUAAAUAAUAACUGCCUUGGACUCGCGAACCUGUUUUCUUUGUAACAGGUUUUAAGAACUCUGGGGAAAAAAUUACUUGCGUGUACCGACACGAAUGUUUACCUUACGGUUACCAUAUUUGCUACUUCAUUCUGAUUUUCAUUUUAACACAGACGCGUCUGAACGCGUCAAUCAGCGAGGCGACGAUGAAUUAAAUAUUACAAACAGAUUCAUCCUUGUAGAUAUUAAAAAAUAUUCCUUGUACGUCCUCCCCUUUUUUUAACGUUUCGUUAUAUUUAAAUGGAAAUGCGCUGAUCGAGGCAUUGAAUGAAAUCGUCAGGCAACUGUCGUUCUUUUAUGAGUCUUAAUAAAAGCAUAUGAAACUGA